GUUUGCUGGAUUAAGGUCAUUCCAUUUACACUUUAUCAUUGAAAUAGAUUAAUCUCAUUCAUUUUAUUUUUUUUAAAAAAAAUAUUGCCGCAGUGAAAAAUGGCUGUUUAUGCAAAGCUACCGGCGGGGGCGACACUCGAUGUGAGGCCGUUUAAGGCCCACGUUGCCGAAGAGAAGCUCCAACAUCUUAAGAAGCUUCUGGAAUUGUCCCCUAUAGCUCCGGCCGUGUUUGAGAACACCAAUGCAGGUCGUAGGUACGGGAUGCAGAGAAACUGGCUCGAGAACGCUAAGCAGGUGUGGUUACACAAGUUCGACUGGCGGCAGCACGAAGAUCGCAUUAAUUCGUUCCCCAACUUUAAAGCUUCUGUGAAGGAUGCAGCUGGCAACACGAUCGAGAUUCAAUUCCUAGCUCUAUUCUCAGAGAAGCCCGACGCUGUUCCUAUCGCAUUUUUCCAUGGCUGGCCAGGCUCUAUCUGCGAAUUUCUAGAUAUCCUGGAUAUCCUUAAACAACGAUACACCCCUGAAAACCUACCGUACCAUGUCAUUGUCCCUUCGCUCCCAGGUUACGCAUAUUCAUCUGGCCCCCCAGCUGAGGUUGAUUACGGGGUGGACAUAGCUGCCGGAGCGCUUAACAGUCUAAUGGUCGGUUUGGGGUUUGGGUCCGGUUAUCUGGCCCAAGGUGGAGACCUCGGCAGCUUCAUGAGCAGGGUCCUUGCGAUGAGCUAUGAUGCAUGCAAAGGCAUUCACUUGAACAUGAUGGGUAUGCCACCGCUAGAGAACCCGAACAAGCUCCCUACCGACGAGUUAGAGAAGAGGGCGUUGGCAAGGGCUACCGAAUUUCUGGAUACGGGCUAUGCGUUCGCCCUAGAGCAAGGCACAAGGUCCGCCACCAUAGGGCUCGCGCUAAGCAGCAGUCCACUAGCGAUGCUUAGCUGGAUCGGAGAGAAGAUUCUUGAAUGGACUGACGAAGACCCUCCCCUCGAAAAGAUACUCGAAAGUGUGACAUUGUAUUGGCUUACGGAUACUGUCCCGCGAGCCAUGUACCAUAGUCGUGGGGCUGGUAACCCCGAUGAAAAGCCCAAGAUCGCAAGGACUAGUGUGAUCACGAAACUGACAGCCCUCAAACUCCCAUUCAUCGAGAAGCCAUGUGGAUACUCAUUUUUCGCCAACGAGAUCGUACCAAUUCCGAGAAGUUGGGCGGCCAAGUCCUGCAACCUAGUGUCGUUCAAUCAGCACGAGAGUGGAGGUCACUUUCCGGCUAUGGAGAAACCGAAUGAACUGCUCGCUGAUGUUGAGGAGUACGUCAAGAAGGCCUGGAAGGUUGCUGAUAAAUAAGGGUCUUCUGUAACAUUAUACAAGGUGUGAAUAGGCGCAUGUUGCCGAUCUACGCAAGUACUUGGGUGUCGCACCCCGUGGUACACUAUUAUCUGGGUUGGAAAUAUCAUGAUAUUGGUAGCAUUGGGCUUACUAGGUGGUAUUGAUGUUUCUAGUCUUCGGUAUCACCAUUCGGUAUGGCCGUCCUAUUCAACAGAUUCAUAUCUUCACUUCAAU